AUGAAGCCCACUAAAUUCAUACUUUUGGCGUCUAUUUUCAUAAAGGGAAGCAUCGCCUCGGUCAAUGGUAACUUUUCGUCGUCUCUUACGACCCCUGGCUUGUCUAAACCUAUCUCUACAGGGUACCUGGAUUUAGGGCCAACUACCACAAUUUACAUUCCUUCUGGGCCCCAUUCGGCGGUUCCAACUGCCCUUGAUGAGCCUACGGAUGCAAAGAGUCGGGCGGCGAGGCUUAUGAAAAGCCCAAUUGAUUUGGAGACUUGGAUCGAGCUCUACCAUGCCUUAUACCCUCAGGAGAAGGUCCAGAAGGCCAAGAACGUGGUGAAGCAGAAGUACUUAUCUGCCUCCAAGCUCGUACUGAAGGAGGCUGUUAAGGGCUUGGUAUCUGAGGUGAUUCAUUCGCUGAAGGAGCCCUUGCCAGAGAAUGUUACUGUUGUUGAAGAGGACCCGUCUCUGGUUAACUCUACCAGCUUAUUGAGGAAGCUUCUUGGUAAGGACCUUGAGUCUGAUGAUUCCGAUUCCGAUUCAGAUUGCGAUUCAGGUAGUGGCGGCUCCUCUAAUUCAGAAUCUGACUGUGACUCUUCUGAUCUGAGUUCAGGUAGUGAUGAUGACUGCGACGACUAUAAGUAUUCGUGGGACUACGACUAUGAGAGUUACGGAUCAAGAGGAAACGGCUCCAUGGCGAAUUACACCAACGGUACCACCAACAUCACCUAUGCGCCCGUAUUCAACUUCACCAACUAUACUCUGCCCAAUUGGACAGAGCUGGCGAGAAGACCUCCAGCAGUGGUACUGCCUGUUCGUAUGAACUACUCUAACUACAGUGUAGAUACAUCUCACGAGGAGAUGAGUGCUGCCAGUAGGGUAACCUUGGAAAACUUGAUCAUCGUAUUGAUCCUUUUCAGUGUUAUAUAG